GGGGGAGGGAAAAGGAACAGACUUGUAACCAUAACUCAGCUGGACUUGUAUCUAAGAAAUCAGAUGCAAUGGAUUGGCUCCCUCACCGAACAACUGCUUUUCUGUUCCUUUUAUUGGUACUCUUGGAUUUCAGCACAGGAUUUCAUGUAGAGGUAAAAGAAUGGGAUGAAAAUGGAGUGGCAAGAUGGAAAACCUUCAGAAGACAAAAACGUGAAUGGAUCAAAUUUGCUGCUGCUUGUAGGGAAGGAGAAGAUAAUUCUAAGAGGAAUCCAAUUGCCAAAAUCCGGUCAGACUGUGAAGAAAACAAUCCAAUCACAUACAGCAUCUCUGGAGUUGGAAUCGAUCGUGCCCCCUACGGAAUAUUUGUUGUUAACCCAAGAACAGGAGAAAUUAAUAUAACAUCAAUAGUGGAUAGGGAAGUGACCCCAGUAUUUGUUAUACGUUGCUUUGCUAAGCACUCAGUGACGGGUGCAGAUUUGGAACCGCCUCUUGAACUUCGAGUCAGAGUUCUGGACAUAAAUGAUAACCCUCCUAUAUUCGCACAAUCUGUAUUUACAGGAUCUGUUGAAGAAUGCAGUAUGGACAACACACUGGUGAUGAAAAUAAUUGCAACAGAUGCAGAUGAACCUAAUCACUUGAAUUCUAAAAUUGCCUUCAAGAUAGAGAGUCAGGAACCUUCAGGUCCACCAAUGUUCAUUAUGAAUAAAUAUACUGGAGAACUUCAUCUAGCAAAUUACCUUGACAGAGAGCAACAUGGCAGCUACACUCUUGUUGUGAAGGCAUCAGACCGGGAUGGAGCUGCAGAUGGAAUUUCAUCUCUUUGUAGCUGUAAUGUUAAAGUUAUUGAUGUCAAUGACAACUUCCCAACUCUUGCACAAAGCUCUUUUUCAGCAAGUAUUUCAGAAAAUUCACUUAGCUCAGAACUGCUACGGAUACAAGCUCUGGAUGCUGAUGAAGAGUUUACAGAUAACUGGUUAGCAGAGUUUUUCUUUAUAUCUGGUAAUGAAGAUAACUGCUUUGAAAUUGUUACAGAUCCAGCUACAAAUCAAGGAAUCCUUAGAGUAAUUAAGGAACUGAAUUAUGAACACAUCCAAAGUCACACACUGAGUAUUGGUGUCAGAAACCGAGCUGCCUUCCACCACUCUGUUGCAUCUCAGUACCAAGUUGUUGGAACACCUCUCAUAGUAGAAGUAAAAAAUGUUAUUGAACUACCAAGAUUUCAUCCACCUUCAAUUAGCUUUUCUAUAUCAGAAAGUACAAGAGAGAGUCACGUUGUUGGAACAUACACAGCCAUUGAUGAGGACACUGGGACUAUCGCAUCUAAUGUCAUAUAUAGUAUAGGACGUGAUCCAGGUGCCUGGUUCAAAAUCAAUCCAAACAGUGGUGAAAUCACACUGAACAAAGUUAUUGACCGGGAAUCAUCCUAUGUAGUCAAUGGGGAAUACAGAGCAGAGGUCUGGGCUAUUACUAGAGGGUCUCCUCGACAUACUGCUACUGGUACCAUUGUGCUUUUAGUACAAGACGUCAAUGAUAAUUGUCCAACUACUAAUACAGAAAUAAAGAAAGUAUGCAUGCAUUCUCCAUCAGUGAUUAUCACAGCAAAGGAUAUGGAUAGCAAUCAGUAUGGCCCUCCCUUUACUUUCAGCAUACAUGGUGAACCUCAAACUACGUGGAUUAUCAGAUCAAUAAAUGCUUCCUCUGCAGAACUAGUGGGUCAGAACAUUGGCUUUUUUGUGUACAACAUCUAUGUCAACAUUAAAGAUAACCAAGGCCGAAGCUGCCCACAACCACAUAUGAUUCCUCUGCAAGCUUGUCGGUGUGAUAGUCGCAAUUACUGCACCAGUGGGGCCACGAAAAUAAUUAUCAUUGGUGGCAGUGCUGGUGGUGGUGGCGGUGGUGGUGGUGGUGGCGGUGGUGGUGGUGGUGGUGGUGGUGGUGGCGGUGGUGGUGGUGGUGGCGGCCAGGGAGGGCAAACAGGAGAAGGAACAGACCAACAGGGCAACACUGGUGAGAGUGGAAAUGAUAUUGACACUGUUACAACUGACAGAAGUGACACUGAGGACAAUUACAAUGGUGGAUACAGUAGAGAUUAUGAUGAUGGAAUUACUGGAGACAGUGGUCAAGGUUAUGACGGAGAAGGAGAUUAUGGCAGAGACUUUCAGUCUUCUACCACACUUAGCGGUGCUGCCAUUGGCCUGAUGUUUCUUGGUGGAUUAAUAUUUGUUUUGAUUCCAAUUUUGAUGUCAAUGAGUGAUUGUUGUGGCUGUGGACCUGGAGCUGCAGGUGGAGUUGGGACUGGAUUUGAACCUGUACCUGAAUGCACAGAAGGGGCAAUUCAUCCAUGGGGAAUAGAAGGUGCACAGCCUGAAGACAGGGAUGUCUCACACAUUCUUGCCCCAACAACAGCUGCUGGAGGUGAAUUUGGUGAACCCUCUGAAAUAUAUACAAACACAUAUGGAGGAGGAGGAGGAGUAGCUUCUGGUGUUGAAGACACUACAGCAGUUGGCUAUGGUACUGGUACUGGUUAUGGAACAGCUGGAGGAAUUUCUGGAACAGGAGAAGCAAAGGGAUCAUGUGGAGGAACGAUAAAAGAGUAUCGAGAAGGAGGGGUGAAUAUGGCCUUCCUAGACAACUACUUCUCUGAGAAAGCAUUUGUGUACGCAGACGAAGAUGAAGGUCGUCCAGCAAACGACUGUCUAUUAAUAUAUGAUCACGAAGGAGUAGGUACGCCUGUUGGCUCUGUGGGUUGCUGCAGUUUUAUUGGAGAAGAUACAGAUGAAACGUAUUUGGAUACAUUAGGACCAAAAUUUAAGACCCUGGCAGAGAUCUGUCUGGGCAAAGAAAUUGAAACUUUUUCUGAGGUUAACCUGCCAUGGCCAUCUGGUAGCACUACCUUUCCCAACACUGAAAGCGAUAUAAAUCUUCCACCACCUGGAACCACCAUCAUUGUCAACGGAAGUGCACCAAUGCCUCCCCCAGUUGGUACUACAACGAUUGUUACAGAAAACACCUAUACGUCUGGGUCUACCUUGCAGCCCCCAAGGCCGAUGUCUGAUCCUUUGCUCCACGGCAAUGUGAUGGUGACUGAGACCUACACAUCCGGCCCACCCUCACUUAGCGUUGACCCUCUGCGCGCCUCAAACGUCGUCGUAACCGAAAGGGUUGUCGGGCCAGCGUCUGCCUCCGACUUGCGUGGCAUGCUAGAUAUCCCUGAUCUCACGGAGGGGUCCAACGUCAUCGUCACGGAAAGAGUGAUCGCGCCCAACUCGCGGCUCCCGACCUCCUUGAGCAUUCCUGACCUCGUAGAUGGGUCGAACGUGGUGGUGACGGAAAGGGUGAUCAGACCGGCCGCCGGGAUGCCCGGCAGCUUAAUCAACAUCCCCGCCGAGCUGUCCAGCGGCCACAACGUGGUGGUCACAGAGAGAGUGGUGUCGGGGGCUGCGAUGAGCGGCAUGGGUGGAGCUGGCAUGGGCGGAGCCGGCAUGGGGGGGAUGAGUAGCGCAGCCCAAAUUUUGAACGCCGACUGCCACCUCAGCCAGCCCAUGGGCAUGGCCUCCCCAGGCACCUCGCGGCAGAGGGUGACAAAGUACAGCACCAUGCAGUACUCCAGCCAGUGAGCCAGCCCCCUGUGGGCCCUUCCUCUGGCCCAAACCACGGCUCACUGUGGCAUUCGUUACCCACUGCCAACCGAGGAUAUUGUUAUUAUUUAUAGCUAGGAAAUAACAGCAAAAUUUCAGGGAUUCUUACUAGAGGAAGAUUCUCAUGAGGAUACCCAGUUUCAAAGUCAAACGCAGAACUUGUUCAGGGAUGGGAAAAUUCAGGUUAGCUUUAAAUAUCUUUUUUCUCUUCAAGUAGCAGUAAAAGUGUGCAAACAGAUAAUUAUGUUUUUGGAGAAAGUGCUGAUUACCAGACAAAGCAGUGAGAGGGGAUCCUUGCACGCAUGCAGGGUUAGCAUGAAUGAACAUCACACGAAACAGCAUUAAAACAUUGUAUUGCUGAGUGAUCUCCCAUAAGAAUCAGAUUUGGGUUAAUGGCUCCUUACUGACAAGACAGGAAAAAAAUACAAUUAAUAAUUAGUCAACACAUGACUAAGUAAGCACUUUCAAAUGCAUCAUUUUACUUUGCAUGAAAUUAAAUGUGCUUUACAAAAUGGUACUUUAAAUCAUUUCUGCUACCACCAGCAAUAGUUAUAAAUAAUAAUCACACAAAUACAAAAUAUUUUCAUAGCUUUUUCAGUAAAAAGUUCUCAGUAAAACAAGUACUUCAUUGGAACUGUCAUGUUGUUACUACCACGGUGAAGUUUGACUAGUAAUUCACUGCAGCUGGUGCUGUAGAAUUGAACCUGUUACCCAUGAAGCUGUUUGCCUCAUCUUUUCUCCAUUACUGUUAUUACCAUAGCUAAAUCUAAAAGGACUGCAAUGAAAAACAGAUUUUUUUGACAAACUAUGGCUAUCAUAUAAGUUUCCAGUGUCUGGGUAUAUUAUAAGGACUAUAAUAUACCAUACUGGUUUUAUUUUCUAAUAGCGGCAAGAAAAGAAUGCCUUAGAAGCUUUGUGCUGUGGGGAGGCAAUAGCAAAUAUAAUAGUGAUAUUGGUAGAUGAACUCCUUCAUGAAAAGAAAAAACUACUUGGGAACGAUACAAAUUUGCUAACACACAAUGCAGAGAAUUGUUAUUUUAUAUGUCAGCGUAUUUUGCAUUGAUAUUUUGAAGGUUUAUUUUAAUGUGUUAAUUGAAAAAGUCGUGAUGAUUCUAUACUCUUAAUUAAAUCUGGCAUUUAUUUUCCAACAAAAACAGCUCUGCUGGACUCUGUUAUUCUUGUAAUACCUUAACAUGCUUUAGAAUAUGACCUGAAGGAACAAAAUACUGAAAUACAGUAUCUAUCUCCUUUUAUUUUUGUACUAUAUGUAUAAUAUACAAACACUGCUGCAGUGUAAAUACAAUAGAGUUACAUGGAGGGAUUGACUUUCUUUACUAGAUCACAAAAUCAGUACAUCUUUUCCCUCAUGUUAAGAGUUGUUUGUGGACUUCCCACUGGAAGUGGAAAUGGAGAAGAAACAUCUAGCUCUAUAUCCAGAUUAACUCAUUUCAGAAGAACUGCAUGACAUGUUUCAAAGUCUGACGUCAGAAAAAGGUUUGUUUUUUUUUUAAAGAGGCUCUCAGAAAUACCACUAGAUCCCCUGUCAAAGACAGUCCGCAGUGCCUUUUGAGGCAAUGUUAUGGCCAUUGACACCAGUUGUCCCCAGAAGUUAUUACCAAAUCCAAGGCUACCUCAAGAAAGGGUCCUUUCACAGCCUUUCAAGCCUUUUAUGAAAUAAGAGUGCUAGAUAGUCUCCUGGUAAUACUGAAGCACUGCUACUUUUUACUUCAUCCUGUAGCACCUUGAUUAUCUUAAGUAUCACUUAAAUUUUGUUGACUUCAGUAGAAUUAUUCUCCUCUAUAAGUUAUAUGCCACUGUAAGUAUGGUUUCUGGAAUCAUUCUUUAUGGAAGGAAAAUAGGUACUAAUAUACAAAGGUGAAUUCUUUUAUGUCUGAGUAAUACACGCUGAAAUUUGGUAAAACGCUGACAAGCUCCUUUUCAUUUUACUAACCACCUAUCUACAUAAAAAAAGCAAAUAUUUGAAAUAUUUAUGGCUUACUGUAUAAUUUAGAAAGCCAAUGCAAUAUAGCCAAAGCCCAUUAGAUUUUUUAAUGUAAAAAAAUAAAAAGAAGUUUUGUGUAAAUAUUUUCAUAAUCAUCUUAUGCAAAUCAGGAAUAUUUUUCCUUGCUGUGCUUCUGGGUUAUAAAAGUAGACUUCAGGACCACAUGCUGAAUUCUUUGUUACCCUCUUGAACAAGAAUGUUGUGUGAUGUAUGAGUGUUUGAACUAACUCUGAUUUCCUGCAUGUCUAGAAAUAGAUAGGGGAACGAAUAAUAUAUAAAAAGCAUUUUCAAAAGUAGAACUACUUUCAUGAUACAGGGGUUGUUACUUUUUUAGCUUGUUAUUUAAUGAAAUGUCUUGAAAGAUUUCUAGCAUUUUUUUAAUAUUGGUUUCUCACUUGUCAAACAGGAAUCACAAGAUUAUCUCUCAGUGCAUUUCCAGUGCAUUUGUGAAUAAUAAUUUCAAUUGUUUUGUAAUUGAUACAAACUUUCUUAAAAUUGUUUUGUUAGUGAGAUAAGUGCAUUUUUAGGUUACUACAAAUUGCAGAAAAAAAUAUAUCUGAAGAUGUGAACAAAUAUUCAGUUCAUUACAAAUUCUGUGCAAAUUCUUUUUCUAGCUUUAUUAUUAAAAAGUAGCAUAUAGUUUAAUCCUGACUAACAGAUACUAGUUUAGUUUCCUUUUCUUCAUUUGUGAUUUAGAAGCCCAUUUGCUGUUCAGCUUUAAUUGUGUUGUUGAAUAAUGAAGCAUGAAUGAUUUUGAGGACAGAGAGAAGAUUUUGAAUAGUGAUAUCAAUUCUGCUAUAACCGUUCAAGAAAAAAAACUCCUAUUAAAGUUUGGACAGCUUGCAACAUCAAGUCUAUGACUUUCUUUUUUUUACUUGGAUUUUGUAGAGUAGGAUCCUCCAGUUCUACACCAGCUUAUCCAGAUCUUUGCAGCAUAGACCGUAUAUUGCCACUGAAGUAAACAGUGCCACAAGCUAAGGAUCUCGUUAGAUUAUUAUCUUGGGAGCAGUGUCUAAAUUUGAACUGCAGGCUUUUAUUCUUUUUACUCAGUCCUGGUUUUGUGCUAAUAAAUAUGUAAUAAAUACAAUUUUAACUACUGUGAGCAGGACCCACUACCUGCAAUAUGAACAGGCCACACAAUUUAAACAAAAACGUACAAGAGUCCAUGGUUUUGCUUGAAUUAACAUAGCUACAUAAUUCGAAUGCUCCUCACUACUGAGUAACCAAAUGCAUCAUUUUCUUUCUAUUUAAAACAUAAUUAAUAUUACAGUUUUCCUUGUGUUUUCCUAAAUAGAAAUAUUAGAAUUUUGCUUGUAAUAAUUUCUGAAUGGCAUUGAAACAAUAAAAUAAGUGAUCAUUUGGAACAUCA